AUGGAUGGAGGAAAUCGAACCACAGUGACAGAGUUCAUUCUCCUGGGAUUCCCGGGCUCUCCCUCCCUGCAGCUCACACUCUUUGUCACCUUCCUCACUGUGUACCUGCUCUCCCUCAUGGGAAACACCCUCAUCACCUUCAUUGUUCUCACUGACUCCACACUCCAGACACCCAUGUACAUCUUCCUAGGGAACCUGUCCUUCUUAGAGAUCUGGUACACCACGGCCACCGUGCCUAAGCUGCUGGACACCUGCUUCUCCGCAGUUGUCACCAUCUCUGUUCAUGGAUGCAUUACCCAAUACUACUUCUUCUUCUCCAUGGGAGCCACAGAGUGCAUCCUGCUGGCCGUGAUGGCCUAUGAUCGGUACGUGGCCAUCUGCAACCCUCUGCGCUACUCGCUUCUCAUGAAUGCUCAAAUCUGCCUCAAGUUUUCAGGUGGGUCCUGGAUUGGGGGAUUCGUUGCUCCUCUCCUACCUACUCUACUUAUCUCUCAACUAAACUUUUGUGGUCCCCAGAAGAUCAACCAUUUCUUCUGUGACUCAGACCCCAUUUUCAAACUUUCCUGCUCAGACACUUUUUUGGUAGAAGCCCUGGGCUACACAUGUAGUUCAGUUGUGAUUCUAAGCUCUUUCCUUCUCACAGUCUCCUCUUACGGCAAUAUUGUGGCCACAGUGGUUAGGCUGUCUUCCCGAGACGCUCGGAAGAAGACUUUCUCCACCUGUGCCUCCCACCUGACCGUAGUCACCAUCUACUAUGGCACCAUUAUCUUUGCCUAUGUUCGUCCUCCGGCCAAGUACAACUUCACCAUUGGAAAAGUGAUCUCCGUAUUCUACUGUGUGGUCACCCCUCUGGUAAACCCUUUGAUAUACACCCUAAGAAACAAGGAGGUGAAAAAAGCUUUCAGGAAAUGUCUAGUACAAAACACAUUUUUGUUCACUAAAAUGACUAAGAAGUUUUGA